AGAUGUAUUCCUCCCUCUUGAAUCGACUACCGAAUAUCAUUAUCGUUCUCGUAUUGUUUUGGAAGAUAUGUCCGAACAACAAUAUAAGUUGUUUCAUUACAAAUCCUCAAAGGACUUGAACAAUUCAUUGCAUCUCGAUCCAACCAAAAAAUGGAGUGAAAUCUCUCAACAUGUUUCAAAGAACAUUAUGAAGGAAAUUGGAAAAGUUUUGUUAGGUAGAUUUCGUUAUAAAGAGACAGAAUUAAAAUGGAUCUUACAGCAAUUACAUCGUCAUCGUCGAGCACAAUGGAAGUUAAGCCUUGAUCUGAGUAAGGUCAAAUCUGAUAAGAAAAGAAAGGGAACUAAUUCCUGA